AUGAAGUCGAAACCGCGGCUGAGGUUGCAGUUCAACGCGUACAGCCCGACACCAGCCGAGGACGAACCCUUGUCACUGCGAUACUCGGCCAUGGCUGAGGCUGCUUUUAUACGACCACGACGACCGAGCGCCUCGUCGUCGUCGUCGUCGUCUUCCGGCUGGCCGGCCGGCGGAGGGCGAGGAGGAGGCGAUCAGGAAACGAUCAAAACAGCAGCUAACCGAUUUCACUGA